AUGCAUGUUGAACAAAACCAUUUUGCAUGUGGCUGGAAAAUACCUGGAGCCAGACAUAUCAGGAUGUCUAGGACAAUUUCUUGCCCUUGGUACCAAGGCAAGCAUAUGGUGUGGAAAGCAUUUAAAGAUGACACUAAUAUCAACCGAGGAAACUUAAAACAGAGGUGGGAUGAUUUGAAGGAUAAACUUGGGGCUUUUGAGAGGUGGAGUCAUAGAGAGACCUUACCUGCUGAUGCACAUAAGAAGGUUAGGUUAACGUGCUCCUAUUGUAAGAGGCAUAAUGAAACCGAAGUCCCAGAUCCUUACCAUGGUGGAUCGCAAGGCUUCGAAAAG